CUUCUUUCUAGUCCCCAAGAAAUUGGGUAAGCCCAAAUGUUACCUGCAUGGGCUACUACGGCCUCCAAGCAGACGCACUUGAAGAGCAAGACGCCAGUAUGCCAGCACCUUACCCUCCUCCAAAGUCUUGGCUCAAAGCUUCACACACCGGCGACAGUCAUCGCCGGAAUUCAUCAACCAGGUAUGGGUUAUGGUUCUCCAACAUUAUCCAGUUGUAAAAUGGUGCUUUUGCCUCCCAGAGUAGGGUUCUCCGUGGUUUCAUGCUGUUCAAGAUCAGAAUUUCCAAAACAUAACCUUCAUGGAGGAAUUAGCUUUCUUGGUUCUUUCGAGCAAAGUAGCAGCCGACUCAAACUUCAAUCGGAGGCUAGAGUUCCAUCAUGGAAGUUGCGUCGAUCAUAUGGAUUGGUUGUUAGGAGUGAAUAUCCUCAGAAUGCAGAUUUUCCUCAGCACUAUUCAAGAAAGGAGAAGAAGCCCUUCCCCAAACCUGUACUGGAGCUAAGGCGAGCUGCCAGGGAGAGGGCCAAGAAGAGUAAAGGACAACCUAAGAAACCGUUUCCACCUCCAAAAAAUGGGUUGGUUGUUCAAAGCCUGGUACCAAUUGCCUAUGAUGUAUUGAAUGCAAGGGUUACAUUAAUUAAUAAUCUGAAGAAGCUGUUGAAAGUGGUGAAGGUUCAUGCUUGCAGUUAUUGCAAUGAAAUUCAUGUUGGGCCUGUUGGACAUCCAUUCAAAUCAUGUAGGGGCCAAAAUGCUUCUAUCCGCAAGGGCCUCCAUGAAUGGACAAACGCAGUCGUUGAAGAUGUACUCCUUCCAGUUGAUGCCUACCAUCUCUAUGAUCGUCUUCAAAAGCGUAUUCGUCAUGAUGAGAGAUUCUCAAUCCCUCGGAUUCCAGCAGUAGUUGAGUUGUGCAUCCAAGCUGGUGUCGAUUUUCCUGAAUUUCCCACAAAGAGGAGAAGGAAACCCAUUAUUUAUAUUAGUAAAAGUGAAUUCGUUGAUGGAGAUGAAAGUGAAAUGCCUGACCCUCUCCCAGAAGCUCCCAUGAAACCAAUAUUAGCUGAAAUACCUGAUUCAGAAAUUAUUCCCCCUUGUAACGAAGAAGAAACAAUCUUACUAGCCGAGGAAACACUUGAAGCAUGGGAGAAGAUGAGGAAAGGAGCCAAAAAGCUAAUGAGGAUGUACCCGGUGCGGGUUUGUGGAUAUUGCCCGGAGGUGCAUGUGGGUGCGUCUGGACACAAAGCUCAGAACUGUGGAGCUCACAAGCACCAACAACGAAACGGACAACAUGGUUGGCAGGCGGCAGUGCUCGAUGACUUGAUUCCUCCGAGAUAUGUCUGGCAUGUUCCUGAUGUGAAUGGAGCACCAUUGCAACGGGAGCUGAAUAGCUUCUAUGGACAAGCCCCAGCCCUGGUAGAAAUUUGUGUGCAGGCUGGGGCUACAGUGCCAGAUCAAUAUAAACCAACAAUGAGAUUAGAUAUUGGGAUCCCAACCAACGUUAAAGAAGCUGAAAUGGUGGUAUGAUGUUUUACUCCCCUUGUCCCAUGUAUUCUUCACCUUGUAAGCUGUAAACAGUAGUGAAGUUCAUUUGAAUUUCACAUUGAAAUACAAAAGAAACAAGUUUUGGUAAA